AUGAGUCGCAUGAUGUCUUUUCCAGUGCGGGCAGCAACAUUGCGAAAUCUCUACCAUCCUCCGAGACGGCAAUUUAGUGCUUCGGCUGUCCAUUCUUCAAAAGUCUCUAUCCUUGGGGCAGCAGGUGGAAUUGGCCAGUCUUUGGCCUUACUUAUGAAGUUGAAUCCUCUGGUUUCCGAGCUGGCUCUCUACGAUAUUAAAGGUGGUCCAGGUGUCGCAGCUGAUUUGAGUCACAUAAAUACACAAAGCAAGGUCGUUGGCUACGGCUCUUCGGCUAGUGGUCUAGCGCAUACGCUGAACGGCUCUGACAUGAUUCUCAUCCCAGCUGGUGUUCCUCGAAAGCCUGGAAUGACUCGUGAUGAUCUUUUUUCUUCUAAUGCCUCUAUUGUUCGUGAUCUUGCUAAGGCUAUUGCCGACGCUGCUCCAAAUGCCAACAUUCUCGUCAUUACCAAUCCGGUCAACUCCACUGUUCCUAUAGUAGCAGAGGUUCUAAAAUCUCAGGGAGUCUACAAUUCAAAACGUCUUUUUGGCGUCAACACUCUAGACGCAAUCCGGGCAUCACGAUUUAUCUCUCAGAUUAAGGGAACUGAUCCAGCCAACGAAAAUGUUCCUAUAAUUGGCGGCCACUCUGGUAUUACCAUCAUUCCGUUGGUUUCUCAUUCCGGGCACCCUGAUAUCAGCGGCACGACUCUUGAUGAACUUAUUCAACAUAUCCAAUUUGCUGGCGAUGAAGUCGUUCAAGCUAAGGAUGGCGCAGGCUCGGCCACUCUCGCCAUGGCUCUUGCGGGCGCACGGUUUGCUGAUUCUCUUUUGAGAGCAAAUCAUGGCCAGAAAGGUAUCAUCGAGACGGCAUUUGUCGAUAAUCCCCUAUAUAAAGAUCAAGGGAUUGACUUUUUCGCCUCUAUGGUUGAACUCGGUCCGGAUGGAAUGCAAAAGAUUCAUCAAGUGGACAAAUUAUCACCCUACGAGGAGAACAUGUUAAAAAGGGCGUUGCCGGAUUUAAAGAAAAAUAUCAACAGAGGUGUCGACUUUGUCAAGGAGACUGCUUGA